ACAAAUCGUCAAUCCAUAUCCAACAUGUCUGCGAAAACCCUCAAUGGCGCUUGCCUCUGCGGCAAAGUCACCUACACCAUUGACCUCGCGUCCUCCGAACCGACUCCCAAGGUCAUAGCCUGCCACUGCACCUCCUGCAAGAAAUACACAGGCAGCGCCUUCUCAACAAACAUCAUUAUCCACCCCUCGCAACUCCGCUAUACCUCCGGCGAACCGAAGGUCUUUAUGGACCUGUCCACCGACAGCGGCAAUCCGCUUCCCCGCACAUUCUGCGGCGACUGCGGGUGCCACUUCACCUCGAGCCCUACUGGGGCGGAUUGGGCCGCUCUCAAAUGGGGAACCCUGGAUGAGGAUUCUCGUAAGGAUUGUGGUGAGCUGGGCGGAGAGAUCUAUUGUAAGAGGAGGGAUAGCUGGCUUGAGAACCUUGCUGAGGGGAAGGGGGAGGGCGUGUUUAAGAAGGAAGCCGGGAUGGGAUAGGUUAUCGCUUUGGUAUCGUCACGGUCUGGUGUUUCUACCAUAAGAGGAGUGCAUUAUACGGACUUCAGCAAG